GGCGGGGCGGGGCGAGAGGAGGAAGUUGUUGUUGCUGCUGCUGCUGCUGCUGCUGCUGCUGCAGGAGCCGCUGUGUUGUGUUGUCACAGCCGGGAUCAGAUCCUGAGACCUCUCUUCCCCGGGGCAGCGGCAGCAGCGGGGACUGCGCGGCCUGAUGACUGGCCCCGGACACCGGCUCUCCCCUGACUAACAGCCUUUCUCUACACCCGGCGGGGAUCUAUGGAAGUGAUGGAAAGUCCCCUGAAUCUGGCACAUCAGCAAAGUAGGAAAGCAGACAGGUUUCUGGCUACAGGAAAAUAUGAGGAGGCCAUUGCAUGUCAUCGGAAAGCUGCCGCUUACCUCUCCGAGGCCAAGAGGCUGACACAGUCUGAGCAGGCUCAGCUGUCGUUGGAACUGCAGCGGGAUAGUCACAUAAAACAACAGCUCUUAAUUCAGGAACGUUUGAAAAGAGCCAGAAGAGAAGAGAAGCUCAGAACUCAACAAAAAGCAAUAGCUGCGGAAAAGGAGUUCUCAACGCAUCUCCAGGCAUCGUACAAAUUAUCUGCUGAUGACCUUGACAGCCAAAAUGCACUUGUUUCUGCAGGGCAGAAAUCCAACUCCAACCCAGGGAAGUGUUUGCAGGAAAUCCACAGUGUCCUUGACCGAGAACCAGACUCUUUACUGUAUCUGCUACAGAAGAGAAAAGAGCCGCUGGAGCCCUACAAGGCCAACAGAGUUCCAAAAGAUGACAAAACAAAACUGGAGGAACAGGCAACCAAGAUAAAAGACCUGAACCUGCUGGUGGACACCCUUCUGGCCGAAAAUGAGAAAUUAAAAAGGGAGAACCGUAAACUGCGGGCAGAGGUAGCCAGGCUGCAGAGGAAUCCUGAGAAAGAGCUAGACACAGAUACCGAUUUCGUGGAGAAGUCAGAGCUGUGGAGCCUGCAGCAGCCUAUGCAAAGCUCCCCAAGCCCUGUGUCUACAUGGCAGAAGUUUGUAGCAAAUACCGGGAAGGGUACAGACAUUCCUAUACCCAAUCUUCCUCCUUUAGACAUUCCCUUACCAGAACUUCCUCCCCUUGAGCUCCCAGAAGAUAUACAAUCGCAAAUUACUGGACUUAAAGGACUCAUGGACAGCUAGAAGAAGGACUGACUGAUUUUUGAGGACAAUCACCAGGAAAGGGAAAGGCCAUCUUGGCAGCAAUAUUGGAAGGGCCAAUGGCGCCUUUGCCAGAAUUUACUGUAGGAGGCUGAGAACUGCAGUACCUUGGUAGACACGUCACUGUGAAAUAUUCAAUCAAGUUACUAUGUUGAAUAGAUAUAUACAAUUACUACAACAGAGAGUGACACAUGAUCUCUUGAGACAAUUCUGCUUUUCUUUUUAUUUCAAACCAAAUGACUGCCUGAAAUAACUUAAAAAAAACAAAAACUAAUUGCCUACAGUUUUUAAAUGGUAUAUGUAGUUCUGUAAUAUUAAUGACGCAGAAUCUCCAUCAUACACGAUGGCAGAACCUCUGUAUUUUAAGCAUAUGCUUUCUGUCAUGCAUUCAGAAUGUAUGCAUUUUAAUAUGCACAAACUUUUUGUUACGUCAGAACUAGUGUGUGUACAGUAUACACAGGACAGCUCCUAAAUCUACCCGUGCCACAUUGCACGCCUAGAUCAUAACCUCAAACCAACAGAAACCGCUUCAGUUGUUUUUAAUUAUAAUUAUUUUCUGGAACCAAAUUACAUGUUCUUUCUAAAUAAUCAGUUUACAAAAUAAAAUGGGAAAGGAGAAAAAAAAAACAGGGUGCAUCGUAAUUAACGUUGCUGUAUAAUGUUAAAAUAUGUGUUAUGCAUUGUUUAAAAAUACUUACUGAAAAGAUCAGUAUCUCAUUAUAACGGUGCAUGAGUGCAAGAAAUGCUGAAUGACAGUAUUUGAUUUACAAUAAUAAAGUGUGUUUAUACCUGGAA